CAUGUGAUUCAGAAGCGCUUGGCCGUUGAAUAAAAAGAACCGCCGCGGACCGCCUUCAUUAGCAAGACUCCCUAGGUAUUCAUCUACGGUCACACCAAACAAACCAGAUACAUCUGUCGCUCAAACUGAAAUCUCCUGCACCAGGCAGACCGCAUUCCCGCUCAUCUGCAACCCAGCUCUUCGGCCUUGGUUCUGUGGCGCAAAGCCCAGAAACCCUCCGCCCACGAUGUUAGAGUACCUGAGUUACAAGAAGUUUAAGAAGUACAAGACCGGAAAGGAGGCAAAAGAGGCGGCCGAAGCAGAGCAACGACCGCAACAGCAGAAUGGAUCAUCGACGCAUCUCAAACCCGACUCGCGGCCCUCGCCGUCGCGGCGCCAGACAAGUUCUCACUCCGUCUCGACGAUGGCGAGCGCGGCUACGGAAGGCGGCCCCGCGCCCCUCCUGGAUCGUAAAGACGAGGCCUUUUUCAGACGCAUCCUCUCCGACCCGGACGAGAUGGACUCGGACGACGAGAGUGUACGCCCCGCGCUGCCCCCGCGCAGCAAAACCCCUGAGUACACCUGGGACUCUGACGAGUCCCGCCGCGCCGCGCCGCUCCAGGAGCAACAGGCCCCCAAGAAGGCCGCAACGGUCGCCGUCGCGGAGAAGCCCCAGGCUUCGGGCCCCUCCAAGAUUCCUAGCAAGAUUGCGUUCCUCUUCAACAAGGCCACGGGAGGCGGCGACAAGGACAAGCAGCUGGCGCCCACCAAGCCCGUGGGGCCCGAGGAGGCGGCGCGCGAACAGGACGACAUCUCGCGCGUGCUCGACGAUCUGAACCUCUCGGCGCGCAACAACAAGGCCAUCCCGCUGUCUGCCGAGUCGUCCGAACUCGUCGGAAAGUUCACCCUCGUCCUCAAGGACCUCGUUAACGGCGUGCCGACCGCUGUCGACGACCUCCGCAACCUCGUCGAGGAUCGCGACGGCACCCUCAAGAAGUCGUUCGACAAGCUCCCCAACAGUAUGAAGAAGCUCGUCACCAACCUCCCCGACAAGUUCACCGCCAGCCUGGGACCUGAGGUCCUCGCCGCCGCCGCCAAGAGCCAGGGCAUUAACGCCGCCGAGAUGUCGGCCGAGGAGGGCAUCAAGGGUGCUGCAAAGAAGAUGUUCACACCCACCAGCUUCGCGGACCUGGUCUCCAAGCCUGGCGCCGUGGUGGGCAUGUUGAAGGCCAUCGUCAAUGCGUUGAAGCUGCGGUGGCCGGCUUUUAUCGGCACCAACGUCAUUUGGAGUGUGGCCUUGUUCCUCCUCUUGUUUGUGCUGUGGUACUGCCACAAGCGCGGCCGCGAAGAACGUAUCAAGCGCGAGAACGCGCCUGAGAUCAUCGAUGGCAGCGGCCGCAUCGAGGAGCUUCCCGAUGACCCAGCCCUCCCGGCCCCCGCGCGUUCUCGCACCGAGCCGGUCCGCUCGGAUCGGGACCGUCCACGGAGCGAUAGAAGUGAGCGCAGCCGGCGCAGUGGCAGGCACAGCUCGGGAAGGACGUCGCCCCAACGGCGGUCGUCGCCGACUCCCGACUCUCCUCGGAGGAGAUCGACUAGGAAGUGAGGAAAGACAAACGGGAGGGGCCGCCUUACCCUGAGUUGUUCCAGCGAGCUCUCGCAUUUUCCUUUUGUCUUGUUCAACAAUCACGUCCUGAGUGCUGGACGAUCUUUUUUUUUUUUUAACGAACGAAUGAAACGAAGUAUGAACGAAUGAGCAGAAGCGCAAUUGGACUUGUGAGAUGGAUCGCACUGUGGAAUGAUAUCAUGUGUCUAUUUGGGAUCCGACCUCGGCUUUUCCCAGGUCAAGCCUUUCCGCAAAUAUGAGAAGGCCUUAUUGUGUAGAGACGGUGUUCUCCCAUGCCUUCCC